GGGUUAAAAGAGGGGAGGGAGGGGGGAGGGGAAAAAAGGGGGAAUAACUGACUUUCAGGAGAAAAGCGGAAAAGCGCCCCCACACUCGGGAGAUACCUCCUUCCCUCCCGGUCAAGCAGGAGAGAGGGAGAGGGAAGGAAGGAAGGAAGGAAGGAAGGGGGCGGAAUGGCGGCAAAUAUGUACAGGGUCGGAGAUUAUGUUUACUUUGAAAACUCAUCCAGUAAUCCUUACUUAAUAAGAAGAAUAGAAGAACUCAAUAAGACUGUAAAUGGCAAUGUGGAGGCAAAAGUGGUCUGUUUUUACCGGCGGCGGGACAUUUCGAACAGUCUAAUAAUACUUGCUGAUAAGCAUGCCAAAGAAAUGGAGGAAGAGAUGGAGAUGACGAUCAUUUCAGAAUUGACAGAAAACCAGAAACAUCAGCUUAAACACCGGGAGUUAUUUCUAUCUCGUCAAUAUGAAUCCCUUCCUGCUACGCACAUCAGAGGCAAAUGCAGCAUUUCGCUUCUCAACGAAACUGAGUUAGUUUCCUGCUACCUGGAUAAGGAGGAUGGUUUUUUCUAUUCUUUGGUAUAUGAUCCUUUACAGAAAACUCUCCUGGCCGACAAAGGAGAAAUAAGAGUGGGCCCUCGGUACCAAGCAGAUAUUCCAGAUAUGCUAAAAGAAGGUGAAUCAGAUGGCAGAGACCAAGCAAAGAUGGAAGUUAAGGUGUGGGAUCCUGAGAAUCCACUCAAUGAACGUCAGAUAGACCAAUUCCUAGUUGUUGCACGUGCUGUGGGUACAUUUGCUCGAGCUCUGGACUGCAGCAGUUCUAUCAGACAACCCAGCUUACAUAUGAGCGCAGCAGCUGCUUCAAGAGAUAUUACCCUAUUCCACGCAAUGGACACUUUACACAAAUAUAACUAUGACUUAACAAAUGCCAUCAGCAUUUUGGUGCCACAGGGUGGUCCUGUUCUCUGCAGAGAUGAGAUGGAAGAUUGGUCAGCAUCUGAAGCUAGCCUUUUUGAAGAUGCAUUGGAAAAGUAUGGAAAGGAUUUUAAUGACAUACGACAAGACUUUCUGCCAUGGAAGUCACUCACCAGUAUUAUAGAGUACUACUAUAUGUGGAAAACUACAGAUCGAUAUGUACAGCAGAAACGACUCAAAGCAGCUGAAGCAGAGAGCAAACUGAAACAAGUGUACAUUCCAACAUACAAUAAACCUAACCCCAAUCAAAUAUUGAGCAGUAAUGGAAAGCCUGCUGUGGUGAAUGGUCCAGUUGGAGGAGUGCUUUACCAAACCCCGAACUCUGCUGUAGGCCGGCCCUGUGAGAGCUGUUUCACCAUACAGUCGCAGCCAUGGUAUUCCUGGGGGCCUUCUACUAUGCAUUGUAGACUUUGCGCAUUAUGUUGGAGUUACUGGAAGAAAUAUGGGGGUCUGAAAAUGCCGACUCGGACAGAAGGAGAAAAAGGAGAAAAAGUUUCACCUACGCACAAUGUUUCGGAGCCACAUGUAAGAAGUCAGGGUCAGCCAGGACAAUGUCUGCCAAUACACAGCACCGGUAGUCCGAAGUCCACAUUGAAAACCCGCCAGUCAUUUUUCCUGCAGACAACACGUCUUACAAAACUUGCCAGGCAUGUCUGCAGAGAUAUUCUGCAACUCAAACAGGCGGCAAGACGACCAUUUGUUCCAAUUAACUGUGCUGCCAUUAAGGCAGAAUAUACAACUAGAUUGCAAGAGGCAGUAAAGAUACCAUCGAAUAUCAAAGCUGCUUCGAGGAAGCCCUUGACGAGUGUCAUCAAGUAUCUAGAAUUGCAUCCUGCUGUGAAACCAGAGGUGACCAGGAUGACCCCAAGCCUCACUUCAGGAAUCUCCAGCCGAUCACCCAAACGUUUGCUUACAAUUCAAAACCACGGCUCUCCAACCAUUCUGGGAAAGCGAGGCUACAACCAGCACAAUGGUGUGGAUGGAAGUGUGAAGAAACGACUUUUGAUGUCCUAUAGGGAUGUUCCGAGCCAAGUGCAAGGACCACUAAUGAACUCUGGGCAUUUCCCAUACCUAGUAAAUGGAAAAGGGAUGUCAGCCGGCAUUAACGUAAUCAAACCUGGCACCAUUCCCGUGAUCAAGAGACGGGGGCCCAACUGGAUCGAUCCCCCUGAUGAUGGCUUUUAUAUGGCUACUGAGGAAACCAGUGCUGAAGCAGUUGAACACCUUUUCACGGAAGAUUCGUAAGCUUCUGUCUCCGUCUGAGAUGAGGAAAUCUUC